AUGACCGUAUUGGAAAGAGAAACGUCAAGCGCGCUCUCGAAACUCGCGGACGACACUCAACAACACGUCGCGUCAUUGAAGGCCUUGGGAGUGUCCGUCGGUCCCGAAAUGCUCGUCCAUAUGUUGGAAAGUAAAUUACCAAGGAUCACACUAGAAAAAUGGGAAUUGACUCUCGAAAGAGACGAGUUUCCUAAACUCGAUGAUAUGUACGAGUUUUUGUACAAAACCGCGGUGUGCGCAUCUAAACGAGAGAGAUCGAAAGUUACGGAAAUAGAGAGGGACAAAGGCGAGCCUUCGGCUAAAAGGAAGCGUUAUGCUACGAAUCGCGCUUUCAUUUUGAACGCGUCGCGUAAUUGUUUGGCAUGCAAGAUAAAACGGCAUCCGCUGUAUCUAUGCGAUAAGUUCAAGCGACUAUCUGUCCCGAAGCGUAUCGAAUUCGUAAAGGGAGCCAAGGUUUGCUACAAUUGCUUGCGUUCCCAUCGAGAUACUCCCUGUAAAUUCUCGAAUUGUACGAUCUGCCAAAAACGUCACAACACGCUUUUGCACCUCGAAAACUACGCGACCGCGAGUAAAACUAGCGCGACGAAACCCAGCAUGACGAAACCAGAGGCCGCGCAAACCGAAUGA